AUGCUUCUCGCGCCUAGUUCUUCCAGGCCGUCAUACGAUGAGGCUGACCUGCCUGAAGACUUGGAUGAACCCCCUGAUCAACAUAUAUUGCACGCCACCCCGAUGAACGAAGAUCUAAUAUUUACCCGGUCGACACUGGUCGACCGGAAGGAAUCCCUGCUUACUCGCGCCUUGAAGAGCAGCCCGGAAACGUCCCCGAUUGAACAACAUCACUCUAUGCAUCACUCUAUGCACGAAUCCAUCUACUCCUAUCGCUCCUACCCCCACAGCAAUAUCUCUGGAAUCUCUACCGCCGAGUUGACCAGCGAUGGCGGCCUCACCAGCCCUUCCCUCUCCAACACGCCUAGUCCACCACUCCCGCCGCAGAUGAUGGGCAAAGCUGCCAUGGACGGCAAGAAGGAGAUCGCUCAACGCGUCAAGGUCGUCGAUACCAAUGAGAACUCCGUCGAGGCCAACUUGGGACGCAAACGCUGUAUUAGUUUCGCCUGUGGUGGUAAGACGCAACCAAUCCAGCCCAGGGCUCCCUCGCCACAAAAGACACAGACGACCACACAAACAGAGACCGAACCUCCGAAGCGCAAAUCCACUCUUACCUUUGCCUGCCCAAGUCGUCAGUCUGUAGUUCAAAGAGAACAAAGAGAACGCUCGCCGGCGCGCGUAUCUGCGUUCCGGAAUCGAUGCCGUGGUUCUCCGGCUCCUGUUUCUCGCAAGUCCUCUUCUUCCUCCCAGGCCUCCGCCCAGGCCUCUGAAGAGACCAAGGCACCUGUAUCAAACUCACCCAAGGGCGUUCCGACCAGUGGUCUAGGCAAGUUUGAAGAAUCCGAAGAAACUCGGUUCCAUGAAUUUGCUAGCUCUGUGGAUGAUGAUGACGAAUGGGUGAAGAAGACGACCGAUUUCACUGAGAAGAUCACCUUGAACGACUGUAUGAAGAAGGAGAACGCCAUUCGCCGCCUCGCUGAAGAAGCCGACCAAGAAGAAGAUGAGGAGGAUGACGAUAUCGAGGAUCUUGCUGACGAUGAUUCAACUGUCCAUGACUUCUCUUCGGAUGAUGGUAACGAGUCAGACAACGAGGAGGGCUUUGCGGAAUCGGAUGAGAGCGACGACGAUGGCUCAGACUAUGAAUUCUGGGCCCCCUCUGCGAACGUAUCCGAAACCAAUGUUCCUGCUAUUGAUAUCUUCCCUCCGACCAUGGAACGUCGGGCUUCAAACACUUCAUUCGACUCUAUGACAGACGAUCAUCAAAAGUGGCUGCCGGCGCCCGUGCGGAAAAAUGGCGGACGCCGUGGCGCCACCAAGCCAAUCAAGAUGCGACCGGGAACUCCUAAUCUGCCCGACAGCACCGAUUUCGUCUGUGGCACUCUGGAUGAAGAUCGUCCACUCGAGGCUGCCUACAAGUCUUGCCUAGAGCAGCGUCGCAUUUCUAAGCACGUUCCGAUCCCGCAAGACAUCGACCCCAGCUUCCCCACCAGCGACCCCGAGGCCGAAGAAGACCUUGAGGAUCUCUCUGAACAGGAUGAAUCUGAUGAGGAGCCUAUCCGCGGCCGGACAGAAGCCCCGACACGCACAUCCCCACGACUAUCGCCCAAGCGCAUGGUGUCGCCACCGCCUCCUCGUGCUGGUCGUGCCUCACCCAAGCGUCUCAAGUCCCCGCCUCCCCGUACGCGAGCCAAGUCUCCCUCGCCUAGGAAAUGGACGGAGGUGCCGAUUAGGGAGUCGCCUUGCGGUGUCAACAUCAGCCACUUGAACCAACAUCGUCAGCCUUUGGUGCGCACUAAGUCGUUGCCUCGUACACCAAACCCAUUCUUUGCUACCGACCAGUCACAUCGGUGGCACGGAAUCCCACCCUUCUCUGAAUCUCUCGAGGACGAAAACUCCCGUGCUCGCGAGGUUCUGCACACACGUGGCCCCAUCGACAUUGUCGAGGGUCUCGAGAAGAAGCGCCAGAAACGAAAAGAAAAGUUCUGGCGCCAACAUUGCCGCAAACAAGCCGCCAAGGGACAAACAACCCAGCGGAAGACUCCCGGCAAGGGAGCCAAACGGAUGAAGGAGCUUGGCCUCGAAGUUGCUGAGAGGUGCAGAGCUUACGGUGUCGCUGAGGACACCCAGCUCGUCCUAUCCGUUUAG